CACUACCUUUCUCAACCUUCUUUCUUUCGCUUUUGGUCGCGCGCGUGUUGUCUACUCUCGGUCUCUCCUCGCGUUCCCUUUGCCCAACCAGCUAAGUAUUCUUCAUUUUUAUUGUUCCAUUCCAGGCUUCGUUUUCCCUUCUCCUUUUCGUUUAGAUCUGGUUUAGAUCUAGGAUUUCUUUUUGUUCUUUGUUAUUUCUCUGCUGUUUAUUUUCAUGUUCAAUCUGCGGUUUGUAAAACCAUUUCAAUGAUUUUAGAUUUUCUAUGAACUUAAUCCUCAUGCGGCGAAUCCGUAUUCUUCACUCGUUCUCGGUUGUCUUCCUUUACUGGUUCUACGUUUUCUCAUGAAUUUGUUCAUCAAUCUUGACUAUUGAAAUUUCAAAUCCCUAAUUAUCAUUCAAUUUCUCAUAUUCCAAUCUAAAUAAUCUUCUCGAUCAACAAAGAAAACACUUCACCUAUGGCUACUGUGCAAAGGCAGGCGAGUUCUUCUGAUUCCGAUCCUCGAUAUGCAAACGUUGACGAGAGGAAAAGGAAGAGAAUGUUGUCCAACCGUGAAUCCGCGAGGCGAUCGCGUGUUAGAAAGCAGAAGCAGCUCGAAGAUUUAGUGAACGAAACGAGCGCAUUGCAGAAAGAUAACGGUCUUCUCUCUGAGAAGAUCAACAUUGCAACCCAACGCUACAUCGAAAUGGAAAAUGCAAACAACGUGUUGAGAGCUCAGGCGGUGGAAUUGACUGAGAGGCUGCGGUCCCUGAACUCGGUGCUGCACAUUGUGGAAGAAGUCAGCGGGUUUGCCGUCGAUAUACCGGAGAUUCCGGAUCCUCUGAUGAAACCAUGUCAUCUCCCUUGUCCAAUACAACCAAUCAUGGCAUCGGUCGACAUGUUUGAGUGUUGAUGGAAUAAGCAUAGACCCUUCCUUUCCUGUUUGGCAAUUGUGAGUCCUUUUGUUGGAGUCGGUCUGUGCUUGGGAGUCGUUUGUAAAUUAGAUUUAUGCAACUGUCUCCUAAUAUAAUUAUGCUAUUAGAACUAUGUGAUGUGAAGUCCGCUGAAUUUUGAGUUUGGUUUCUUUGGUGUGAUUCUGUUUUCUGGGAUUUCUACUGUGAAAUGUUGGUUUUGGAUUU